AUCCCCCAUACCCUAUUCUCACCCUUCUCUUGGUUGCUUCAUCGAACCGAAAGCCUGACUGUCUACCUCAUUGCUAGUUGAUGUUAAUUGUCAAUCCAAUAUCAUCCACGCAUAUCUACCGGGGUCCCUCGCUCCCUUGCACUUUCUUCUUCAAAAGAAAAAAGGCGUUGUUUACUCACGAGAAUUACAACUCAUUCACAGUCAGUCUUGCAGGCACGAGUCAGAAAACGCCCAACAUCUUGAAGGGAAUCUUUGCCUGUCGAACUAUAGAUCCGAUCCUUUAACCAGCAUCUCAUAUCUUAUCAAGCGAAUGCGAUCUCUCCCCUGAAGCUUUGAACUUACCAAGCAUAUUCCCACUUGAAAAACUGGACAUCCAUAACUUGCACCAUCUUUCAGAAUCCACAUCCACAAAGUUACUCCUCAAAGUUACUCCUCGACUCCUACAACCAUCAUCCUUCUCAACUCCCCAGAAAAUUAGACCUGACGAUCUCGACCGCCUCUAAGGCCAACGAUUCCCCUUCAAGAAUGGUUCUUGUUUCGGAACUUUUAAUACAUCCACACUACUUCAGAGACACUUUGACGUCGAAACAACCAAAUCGUAUUCUGGGCAAUCAGUAAAGUUUACCUGCCGAGAACCCUUAUUUUUUACACCUUGUCCGCCCACUCGCAUGACCCGCAAAUUGUGUGAGCUAGAACUAGAUCCAGGUAUAUCACUUAUUUAGUCUCUCUACCAAGCUCACAGUUUCCCUCCACUGCUCGUGCGCCCCACCAUUCCGUGUUUGGGUAAUUCGAUCAACAAGCUUCAUUCACAUUCCGCGCCUCAAAGAGUAUGUAUAUGACCUCUACCUGCUCAUGUCGAUACUUCAUUAAAUCAUCCAGUCUUCAAUUCUCUGACUUACUCAGUUCUUUUUGAGAGUUUCGUGCUAUUCCUGUACAUAGUUGACAAGACCAACGUAGCUUUCCUUUUCGUGGAAUCAACUCUUAUAUUACUUUUCUUCACCGGGCCGUCUCCAAGUCAGUUCGCCAAUUGUCACUCUCGCUCAACGCUAUUGCGCUGGACGCUUUGUAUUUUACACCGUCAUCCCAGUUGAGUCUUUAGUCGGCUUCACUUGUAUAUCAAGCAAUCAAAUCACACCGUCUGCUUUCCAUACCUGAAAUUUUCGGAUCGUCAUUGAAUCACAACUUCCUCAAGAGACACAACCGACCACUUCCUCUUGAGUCUAGACUACUUCUACUUCGGCAGAAUACAGCCAGAAAUACAUAAUGGACGUCAUGGAGCUAGUCGAGAACGAGCAAAACGCACGCCCUUUUCAAUGCGAUUGGAAUUCAUGCAGCAAGGUACGGAGCUACUGGUGUACUUAAUACGACGUCAGCUGACAGUAUAUAUAGAGCUUCAACAGAAAAUCUGAUCUUCAACGUCAUUAUCGCAUACAUACAAACGAGAGGCCAUACUCAUGCGUAACACCAGGAUGCGGCAAAAGCUUCAUCCAAAGAAGUGCUUUAACUGUGCAUAUCCGUACACACACCGGCGAAAAGCCUCAUCAGUGUCAGCACAUUGGUUGUGGAAAAAGAUUUUCUGACGUAAGAAUUGCACACGAGAAGUUGACGAGAUCAUUGCUAAAAGAUGAUCAUAUAGUCAUCUAGUCUUGCCCGCCAUAGACGUAUUCACACAGGCAAGAGACCUUACAAAUGUGCACACGAUGGCUGCCUAAAGAGGUUUGUCCUACAGAAUAUCAUAAUUUGACCAGCACUAACACGCAAUAGCUUUUGUAGAAAAACUACCAUGGUCAAGCAUCAAAGACGUUCCCAUCAGCGUGGCAUUCAUUCAUCAGAACUUGAUGACGGCGAGACUUCCGAUUCAGACAGUGGCGAAUCACCAACCACCCCUCAACAUCAUUCUAGUCAAAUUCAAUGGCCUCAGCAUCUAACAGUGCCAGGUGUUCCAAGUGGACAUCAGAUGCACAGAGCACACUCAUUUGCGGAUUUUGGACAACAGAUUGAUGGAUACCAAAUGUCACAAGGAUACAGCCACAGACACAGUCUUUCAGGAGGCCCUCAGGCCUACGGUAUUCCCGAUCAGCACCAGCAAAUCAUGCAAAGACAGGCUUCUCUUCAACAUACUUCUUAUUACGUUCCAGAGCAGAACAACCCCGGUGUUGCGACUUUAAACACCAACCCAGCUCCGAUUCAGACCUACCACAUUCCUCGCCAUUCCAUGGAGAGACAUCCCCAGGAGAUGUUGCAAAGCAGCCCUGGUAGUUACUCUCCCCACUCCCGUGCCAGCCCAGUCUCCCAAGAGCCAUACUAUACGCAUACACAGCACCACAUUCCUGCUUAUGCUAUUCAUGGGCAAUCUCCUACCGACACACAGCCAUUGAUCAAUUAUCCGCAGCAUUUGCCACAACCUCCGUCAAUGCAAUCGCCACAAGCACCGCACCAUUUGCAACAACAUUAUCCACAACCUCCCGAGCAUGGCCAAUGGUACGAAAGUACUCCCUACCAACAACCUGAAGUCAUCAGCCAUGUAUCAAUGUACCCUCAAGUCACCGUCUUCAGCGAUCCAUGGCCUAAACUCGAGAGCUUCGAUGAUCCAUCAUUACAAAUGCCCAGUGCCCGCAUUGAGAAUUUGUAACAACAAUGAAUAGUCAAAUCGACAUCCACUCAUCUCCAAAUUUUCUUUUUGGCGAUUGUAUCAUUAAUCAGACGGGAUGUUUCAUUUCAUCAACAAAAGUUUUCACUUCUUCGAGUCUCCGCGUUAUACCUAGUACAUUAACGAUAUCCACGAUUGCAUCUCGUCCUCAAGCUACACAGUAUCUAGCAGACCACCACAAUCUCAUGGCGGUCUCAUAUCUUUAAUCAGCAGUGCACAUUCGUGCAGCUCGCCAUCACGGGACAGUCAGCUUGUCUUGACAUUUUCAUCUUAGUUUUUUUUUACUUUCAUUCAUUCUAUUAUUUUGUAAUGGCGUGCCUUCGGUUUUGCAUACAGUCAAAGCUGGAUCUAAUAAUUGACUCAGAAAGAGGAGGAGCAGGAGAUGAAGGAAGGGUACAUAAUGACAAGGUGUGGUAUUAUGGGCGCCACGAAUUCAACGAGGUCAUUUCUUUCAUGUUGUAUAUUUUGGGCAUUGGCGAACUUACCGUGUGUUAUUUGUAUUUGGCGGCUGGUCAUCUCGGCUGGAUUCGCCACGUGUAUCAAUACUUAUUUGAAUAUUUAUUCGUUUUGGAGUGGAAUCGGAUUGGGUAUUUGGUUGGGAGGGCAACCUUGUGUAUUGAUAGCAGUAGUAAAUAGUUAGAUACCUAGUAAUUUGUAUGAUCUGUAUUGGAAAGGACUUCUCUUUCCUUGCU